ACUGUGAUUCCGAGAUUUUAUUGCAUUCUUGUGACUGGCUCUAGCUGUAAUAUUACCAGAGAUUCCAUAUGUUCUAUGGUCUGUGGGGGAGGAGGGUUUAUUAUUGUAUGUUUGGGAGUUAAAGUGUCUGUACAAGUGUACAUUUAUGCUGCAGAUAUUUGUUGGUGUCUUGUGCAUAUGGACGUUCAUGUUCUGUGUAUGUAAUACAGUUUAUAUAUCUAUGGUUUAAGUUUUAAAAGAUCUUGGUAUACUUUCUGGUAUUUAGAGAGCUGACUGCUCAGCUACGAUGGCCAAGAAAACGUUGCAGUGUCUAAAGCGUCUGCGCGACCUCAUGAAGGAUGUCAAAUACGUGUCGGAACCUCUGAGUGCUUACAUCAUCACAUCCGAUGAUGCUCAUCAAAGCGAGUACCUGGCAGAGUGCGACAAGAGAAGGCAGUUCGUCUCGGGCUUCACGGGCUCCGCAGGCACGGCCGUGGUCACGGAACACGAGGCCUGCUUGUGGACGGACGGCAGGUACUACCUGCAAGCCACGGAAGAGAUGAGCGAUGAGUGGAAGCUAAUGAAGGAAGGCAUGCCGUCCACGCCGUCCCAGGGCUCGUGGCUGGCCAGGACGCUGCAGCCGGGCGCCCGGGUGGGGGCCGACCCCUGCCUGGUGUCCUACACCACGUGGAAGACCCUGCAGGACGAGCUGGCGGCUGCGGGGCUGUCCCUCGUCCCGGUGGCCCCCAACCUGGUGGAUGUCCUGUGGGAGGGGCGGCUGAGUCCUCCGGCCGGCAGCGUGCAGCCUCUCGCGAUCAAGUACACCGGGAAAACUAGCAAGAAGAAGGUUGAGGAAGUGAGGAAGAAAAUGAAAGAAAAAGGAGCAGCAUUGCUGGUGGUUACAGCUUUGGACGAAGUGGCAUGGCUGUUGAAUGUACGGGGAUCAGACAUAGAGUUCAACCCUGUCUUCUUCUCGUACGUGGUGGUGACGAACUCGCAGGUACACCUGUUCGUUGACGAGAGUAAAAUAAGUCUGGCGGUGAGAAAUCACUUCAAUGAAGAAGACUUGCCCGUCAGCAUCCACCCGUACGAUAAAGUUAGUUCUUUCCUGUCGGAACAGGUCAAUCAGCUGUCCGGUCAGGGCGGGAAGGUUUGGAUCAGCAGCGACAGCAGCUACGCCCUCGCGAGGCUCUUCCCGGACAGCUUGAGGAUCCUGGAGAUCACGCCCAUAGCCGUGAUGAAGGCGCGGAAGAACCCGGUGGAGGUGCAAGGGAUGGUGAACUGCCACGUUCGCGACGCAGCUGCUCUGUGCUGCUACUUCGCCUGGCUGGAGAGGCAGUUGAAGGAAGGGCAGGUGGUGACGGAGAUAUCAGGGGCUGACAGGCUGGAAGAAUUCAGGAAGCAGCAGGAGGACUUCAUGGGCCUAAGCUUCGACACAAUAUCGUCGGUGGGACCCAACGGCGCCAUCAUCCACUACCACUGCACGCCAGCAACUGACCGUCCAAUCACCACCCGGGAGCUGUACCUCUGUGACUCUGGUGGCCAGUACAGAGAUGGUACUACUGACGUGACACGAACAUUACAUUUUGGAACACCAACAGAUUACGAGAGAGAAUGUUUCACCAGAGUCUUCAAAGGACAGAGGCUUCUUGGCACUGCAAUUUAUCCUAAUAAAAUUAAGGGAAACUGUUUAGACACGCUUGCCAGGAAGUUCUUGUGGGACGUGGGGCUCGACUAUCUGCAUGGGACAGGUCACGGGGUCGGGGCUUAUCUCAAUGUGCACGAGGGACCUAUGGGUAUCUCCUGGAGGAUGUACCCGAAUGAUCCUGGCUUGCAGGAGGGAAUGUUCCUGUCUAAUGAGCCUGGGUUCUAUGAGGAUGGGAAGUUUGGGAUUCGGCUCGAGAACGUCAUGUAUGUUGUUCCUGCACAGACUCGAUAUACCUUCAAAGACCGUGGCUUUUUGACUUUCAAGACUGUCACGUUAGUUCCCAUUCAAACCAAGCUGAUCGACAAAGAUUUGCUUACAGCAGAGGAGGUGGCGUACCUCAACAGCUAUCACCGGGAGUGCAGAGAGGUGGUUGGUGAGAAGCUGAAGGCCGCAGGGCAGCAGGAAGCCUGGGAGUGGCUUCACAGAGAGACCGAACCAAUAUGAAGUCCGGCGCGGGAAAACUCGGGGGGAGAAGUCGGCAUGGAUCAACCAGCAUCACUUGCAGAAAGACUUCACAGACUAAAAAACAAACUGCUGUCGUAGGGGAUGCCGUGAUGGUGUGAAACUAAAGAAGGAAGCUUUAUAAAUAUGUGAAUGCCUUCUAACGCAACCUUACGUAUAGAUAGUCUGUCUUCCACGAUGCAGCGGUUGUGAUACAUUUCCGAUUUUGUUACGUUGUUUUAAAGCAUUAGUGAUGUUUACAUGAUUUUUUCUAGAUUUUUACAGGGUGCAGUGCAUUUAUGUUAGUAUUAUAUUAAACUUGUUUAACAUAAUCAUAUCUUUAUCGAGGAAAUAUAUGCUCAUGUAGAUA